UGCCACCAUCUGUAAACAACACGACCACCUACACGUGACUGUCUGGAGAUGCUUUAAGUCACCUAUCUCUAUAACAAUGGCUGAAGGAAGUAAAAUAUUUACAUCAUACCGUGCUCUGGGUCUGGUGAGCACACAUGUUCCACUAGUGGUGCGGUAUAUUCAACGCAGGAAGGAAAAUCUUAUAGUGACUGUUGUCGGGAACACCUUCCAUACCUAUGGUGCAGGGAAGUUAAGACUACUAAGUGUUGGUAACCCACAUGACACUCUUAUCAAUUCUAUGACUGGUGAUGCCUAUCAUGUUUACACAUCUAGUAACAACAUAAUAUAUGCUUGGCGGCGUGGAACAGAGUUAAAGCAUAAAUAUGUUGGGCAUGAAGCAAGUGUCCAUCUUAUGUUACCAUUUGGACCACACUUGAUUGCUGUUGAUAGACUGAACAACCUUCGUGUCUGGGAUAUCAAGGUUGAAUCGUUGUACAUGGAGAUGGAGUUCCAGGCCAAAAGUUUUGAGAUCUCAGCCAUUAUGCAUCCAGCAACGUACUUGAACAAGAUCUUAGUAGGUAGCAAACAGGGGAAGCUGCAGCUUUGGAACAUUAAAACCUGCAAGUUAGUGUAUACUUUCAGUGGAUGGAACUCAAGUGUUUGUGUUUUAGAACAAGCCCCAGCACAAGACGUGAUUGCAGUUGGAUUAGCAAAUGGAAGAAUUAUACUUCAUAACCUAAAGUUUGAUGAGACUGUUGUGGACUUCAAGCAGGAUUGGGGUAGAGUGACGGGAAUAAGCUUCCGAACAGAUGGAUUUCCAGUAAUGGUGACAGGCAGUGAAAUUGGACAUAUUGCAUUGUGGGACUUAAAAGAAAGACGUCUGGUUACACAGGUGCGUGAUGCUCAUGCUGGUCUUGUAUCUGGGAUUUCGUGUCUGCCAAGUGAGCCUUUGAUGGUCACUUCAUCGCCAGACAACACACUCAAGAUGUGGAUAUUCGAUCUUCCAGAUGGUGGGGCUCGCUUAUUAAAGAGAAGAGAGGGCCAUUCAGCUCCUCCACUGUUGGCAAGAUUUCAUGGAAGUUUGGGAAAUUCUAUUCUUACUGCUGGUGAAGAUUCUACGAUGAGGGUGUUUUCUACAGUUACUGACAUUAUGAACAAGAGUUUGGGACAAGCUUCAUACAAUAGAAAGGCAUCGAAGAGGCAGAGGAAAGUGAUAGAUACUAAGAAAAUGUCAGCAAUCAUGCACUUUACUUCUGAAGUUGCUCAAGAGAGAGCCUGGGACAAUGUUGUAGCAAUUCACCGAGGUAAUGCUUUUGUGACAACUUGGUCCAUAGGAUCACAAAAAAUGGGAAAAUAUAAAUUGAUACAUGAACGUUUUAAAGAUAAAGAGUUACAUGGCACUGUUGCAACAUGUUUGGAAUUAACUGUGUGUGGAAAUUUUGUAGUGAUAGGAUACAACUCUGGUCAUCUGGACAAAUAUAAUAUCCAGUCAGGAGUUCAUCGAGGAACUUUUGGAUCUCCAGUCGCUCAUGAAGGUGGUGUGAGGGGUGUUGUAACAGAUGGACUAAAUCACUGUGUAGUGUCAGGAGGGCAAGAUGGUGAGCUAAGGUGGUGGAGGAUGAAAGACUAUUGUAUUAUCAAAAAGUUAAUAAUGGAUGAAGGCAUCUCUAAAAUGUCUCUAAAUCGGGAUUCUGGACUUCUAGGAAUUGCUCUUGAAGACUGGAGUAUUCAUAUUGUAGAUGUGGAUACUAAGAACCUUGUAAGGAAACUUUAUGGUCAUCAUAACCAAGUGACAGAUAUUGCAUUCAGUCCUGACUCCAAGUGGCUGAUCAGCUCAUCUCUUGAUAAGGCAAUUAGGACUUGGGACAUUCCUUCUGGUACUUGUGUGGACUGGUUUUUGGUACCCAUCCCAGCUACUUCAUUAACCAUGUCUCCUGUUGGAGACUUUUUAGCUACUACCCAUACUGACCACCUUGGUAUCUACCUUUGGUCUAAUCAGGCAUGUUAUCAUCACAUUUCACUUCGCCCCUUGCCUGAGAAUUUCAUGGCAACAGUCAUCGCUCUACCUUCAACAGGCGCAGAUGAGACACAGUUAGUACUGAAAGAGGGCGAGGAAAUUCCUGAACCAAAGCUUGAAGAAACCAUUGAUGAUGAUGAAUACAAGUCACCUCAACAAAUUUCUGAAGAGUUUGUUACCCUUGCCCUGUUACCAACAUCAAGAUGGCUAAAUUUACUAAGUCUGGAUGUCAUCAAAAAGAGGAACAAACCUGUAGAACCUCCAAAAGUACCAAAAUCAGCACCAUUCUUUCUGCCCACUGUCCCUGGAUUAGAAUUUAAGUUUGCUUCAGCUGAACAAGAAAAAAGUGAUGAGAAGUCAAAAGUCAAGUCUGUAUUGUCAUUUGAAGUGUUAACUCCCUUUGGAAAAAAACUUAAAGCUGGAGAUUUGGAAGAUGCACUUAAAAUGUUGUUAGAAAUGGGCUCUUCAGGAGUUGAAGUAGAAAUCCGAGGUUUGGAUCCUGACAUUGGUGGAUCAGAGGCAGUAUUAGUGAAAUUCUUGGAAAUGAUAAAGUUUGCCCUUGAUAAAAACUGUUAUUUUGAAGCUGUUCAAGGAUAUUUGGGACUGUUCCUUAAGAUUCAUGCAGAAUUUAUUAUGAAAAAUUCAGUGGUAUAUGAAAUGUGUGAGAAGUUAGCAGUUGCUCAAGAGAAAUCUUGGCAUGAUAUACGGGACACAAUGAAUCAAUCUCUUUGUCUUGUUUCGUAUAUUAAAAAUGCUGCUUUGAUUAACUACUAAAGUUGUGUACUGUACUAUAAAAUUGAUGUUUGUAAUCAUGGAGUAAAUUGUAUUUGUACUAUUGAUCUUUAAGUAAACUUUGAACAUAUGAAA